UCCUGAAUGCGGUUCUGGUAGAAGAAGAAGGAGGAGAAGGAGCAGAAGACAGGGAGACACACCAUGACAACUUUAACCAGGCAAGAUCUCAAUUUUGGACAAGUGGUUGCUGACAUCCUGUGUGAGUUCCUGGAGGUCGCUAUUCAUCUCAUCCUGUACGUCCGUGAAGUUUAUCCCUCGGGAAUAUUUCAGAAGAGAAAGAAAUACAAUGUACCUGUGCAGAUGUCGUGUCACCCAGAGCUGAAUCAAUAUAUCCAAGAUACCCUUCAUUGUGUGAAGCCCCUCAUUGAGAAGAAUGAAGCAGAGAAGGUUGCGGUGGUCAUCAUGGACAAAGAGCAUCAUCCAGUAGAGAGAUUUGUGUUUGAGAUUUCCCAACCUCCACUACUGUCCAUCAGCUCGGACACAUUGCUGUCACAUGUGGAGCAGCUGCUGAGGGCGUUCAUCCUGAAGAUCAGCGUGUGUGAUGCUGUUUUAAAUAAUAACCCACCAGGGUGUUCGUUCACAGUACUGGUUCAUACUAGAGAUGCUGCUACACGCAACAUGGAGAAGGUUCAAGUGAUCAAGGAUUUUCCAUGGAUAGUUGCUGAUGAGCAGGAGGUCCACAUGCAGGAGCCUAGACUCAUCCCACUGAAGACCAUGACAUCUGACAUAGUGAAAAUGCAGCUCUACGUGGAAGAGAGAGCCCAGAAAACGUAGGCCUGUGAUGAUGUUGAAACACCAGCAAAAUAUUGAACACAGUCAAUCAGAGCUGCCUGGAACAGUCAAAACAUUUUAUUGAACACAUUGGAUCAUCAGGAAAGAGAUGUGGAGUGUGUGGGUGAGAGGUGUGCAUUAUGCUUCAGCUAGUGUUGAGGGUUGGACAGAUGCAACACACAGACAUAUCAUUGAGAAACAAAUCUGUCCAGAUUGUUUUUGCUAUCCGCCUGUGAUUUGAUCGCAUGCCAUACAAAUAUGCAUGAAUACGGUUGUCAUUUUAUUGCCAUCUAUUGUGUUUGAUUGCUUUAAUUUCCAUGCAGAUCUUUAUAAGAACAGUAUGAUCUAAAUGUAGCUGUUGCACCAUUGCAAUAACAAAUCAGCAGAAUUUGAGUAGACCAGUGUACCGGAUAUCAACUCAAAUAUUUUCCACAUCUACAAAGCAUAGGAAUCAGAAACCAUAAAAUGUGUUGUGUCUUCAAUGUAAAACAUAUUGAUCGUUUCUCUUUGUGGGGAAAUGUUUUGCCAAUGCUUCUUAGAGGUUGUUUUUUCACGUCCACGAGGCGGUCAAAGGUGAGGUCAUCUCGGUCUGUUUGAGUAUGUUCAUCCCCCCCACACACUAUAAUGUCACACUGAGUCAUAGCAGGUCUUUCAUGGUGUCUACAGUAUUAUCGGUCAGGGAUGCAGUUUGGGUGGGUUUCUAUAAAAUAUAAGGGGAUGUGUGUCUGUGUGUGUGUUUUUUUUCCAAUCAACCAGUGGUGUUGUUCACCUCCAUUCAUAAGUGACAAAUUCAAAGUUUUAUGUUGUGACAAAGGAACUGUUUUAAUGCUGAUAACUAUGUGAAAAGAAAAAUGAAAUUGUAAUUUAAAAAAAAGUUUUUUAAAGUACCAUCACUAUAAAUCUCUGUUAUCGUGUAUUAAAGCAAAAACUUUGUAGAAGGACUCUUGGUGAUUAUCCAAUUAUUCUAAAUGCAAAAACCAUUAAAGUAGGUAAUGUCAGUAUGUGCAUUUAGAUAUAACUCUUGUGCAUUUGCAAGACACAACUUAAAACUCUUUGUCUUUAAUAUUCAGUUGACUCUUUGUAGAUGCAUGGUUGCAACACUA